AUGUUUCCGAGGGCUCGCUCUGAAAACUUAGUUUCUCUAACUCGUUUAGUACUAAGUUUACAAAACACGGUUGGGGAUUACUAUCACCGCAAGCAACAAAGUAAGCGUGUGCGCCUUAUCGUGUCUAUAAAACCGGUGGCGAAGUGCGCGCGCGCACAUUCGUUCACGCCUCUCAUUCGCCGCACGAUCGAUUUUCCGCCCUUUGUGAUUUCCACCGACGCGUGUGCUACGCGAGUGAGAUACAAAAUGAGUUCCAACGAUUUCAAAUUAGAGCGCAGCCUGGAGCUGUCGCCUGAGACAAAAGAGUUAGCUGAAAAAGAGCUGAGGGAGACGCCGGAGAGAGUAAGAGAGGCUCUCGAGAGACUAAGAGAGUUGUUGAAAGAAACCAAGGAUCUGCACUUUGGAGAUGAUGAUGAACUUCUCACGAUCUUCCUGCGACCAUGCAAGUGGUACCCGGAGAGCGCACUUGCACUGAUGCGUCGUAUCGCUGAAUUCAAACGUGACAACGCAUCUCUGCUUGACGGCUUAUUGCCUCAAGAUGAGAAAGAUGCGUUCCUCGAUCACAAGGUUGUCAACGUUAUGAAAGGCCGCGACAACAAGGGCAGAAGGAUCCUCAUAGUUAAUGUUGGAG